AUGGGUUUUGAUACAUUAAAAAAAAUCGAUCAAGAACUCAUUGAUAAUUCAGAAAAAUAUCAUGGAUUAUCUAAAUCGGAUAUUAGAUAUCAAGAAUGUUUGACUAUAUUACAUGUUCUUGGAAAGUACUCUGGUUGUAUUCCAGAACAUAGCGGUCGAAUAAUUCUACAAAUGUUUAAAUUUUUUAAUGAUUCAAUUCGAUAUCGUCUUCUUUUAGAUCAUGUGUUAAAAACAAUCAACUCAGAUGAAUUUUGUUUAAAGGAAACAGGUGAAGAUAAUGAUGAACUAUUUGAAAAACGAGUGGAUAAAUUACAAGAUAUUAUUGAAUUUAUUGAUCAUAUUCAAAAACCUUUCAAGUUAUUGUCAAUUAAUGCCAUUCCAAAAUUUGUUAAAGUAAAUCAAUCAUUGAUAAAUGAUCCUUGGAUUAAGAUUUAUAAUAUGUGUCAAACGGAUAAAGAUAGAUUUAGACUUCUUCAAGAAUCAUAUUUAGAAUUAAAAAUUGCAUUAAGUCUUACAAAAUUACGUAGAAAUUUUAUUGAAAAGAUUACUAGAAAUGAUGAUGAAAGAGCCCAUCAGAUAUCUUAUCUCGAAUUUAAAAUGAAAGAUAAUCUUGGAUUGAUAUAUUUUCAAAAUAUCAAUUAUGAUGAUUUCAAAGUUCUAAUUCGUUAUAAAAACAUUACUUCAGAUUUUAUUUUAAAUAAAAUUAUUAACAGUGAUCUUCGAUUUGGGAUUGAAAAAAAGGAAAGUUAUGGUAAUUGUGAUACAUUAAUUCAACAUGUAUUUAAAGAUUUAAAUGAAUCAU